ACAUGUUAUAUUUUUGGCUCUGUUGCUUAUGUGCUCACUAUUGGCGAUGUCGAACAGGGCAAGAGAUUCUCAUGGACGACUCUGGUCUAUGCUUUGCUGCGAUAUGCUGCUGUAUACUUGACAGCCAUGACGAUACUAUUAUCCUUGAGUACACCGUUAUCGGACCAAAGAGGUUACGAGUUGUACGCUCUGUCCCAGACCAGCACCUUUGCGGUAGUGCUCUUGCUCCAAGGCAUGCUCGCUACGCGAGUGUACAUAUUGCUCGAGAACUCCAGAAAGGUUCUCCUCUCGCUGACUGCAUGUUUUAUUGCGGAUCAAGUGCUUAGCUUGGUGUCUUUCGUAUCCGUUCUUUCCGUGGGGCCUAAACUUGUCUCUGAGGUAGCAGCGCUUGGGGAAACGUUCUGUCUCACCACUAUCCCAGAUCGCCUUACUUGGGCGAUACCAGUGGGAGCUGCUGCCUCGCUCGCAUUUGAAAUGGUAUUGAGCGUCUACGCCCUUUGCUACAUUUUCAAGCACGCGACGAGAUCGCCGCGUGGUCUUCCUGCAAUGUCGAGCUCCGCUCUUGCCACAACGCUCGUCCGCGACAAUAUACUUUAUUUCGUAAUAGCGCUUUUGUCGAUGAUCGUCAAGGCUCUUCAGCUGUUACCCUCUCUCCAACUGUCUAUUGCAUUCGCGAGCGCGUACAGUAUCACGCUUUCUCUCCUGAUGGUGAGGCUAGGACCAUGGAUGAUACUCAAUUUGCGACGGAGACACGAGAAAGAUGUGUCUGGGCUCGAAGAGAUCACAGAGAUGGCGACAGUUCAGUUUGCGAAUCCACCUCCUGCAGAAUACUACGAAGAAGACAUAUUUUAGCUUCUAGCACAGUCUCAUUGUUUC